UCUGUUCCUUUCUCAGUCCAAAGUUAUCUCUUCCUUUUGAUUUGUUCUAUUUAAAUCCUUGUCCUUCACUUAUCUUUCUCCCCGGCUAAAACAAAAAUCUCAGUCAAACAAAAUUCACAGAAUUUUUUUCAAAGACGGCGGCUUAUUUUUAAUUAAUCGAAGUUGAUCAUUCGUCUCCACUCUCCUUGGUGGUAUUGAUUACAUCUUUAGAGUGAGGAGAGAUCUUUUUAAAUGUCCAAAUCUCAUUCGUCGUGUCUUUAGCUUUCCUCUUCCAUCAGAUAAGCUCAAAGUUUUUUGCUUUUCCUCACUUUCUGCUAAACAAAUUCCUUGGAGACUGAGGUUUCCCAUUAAGUGAUAUUGUUCCUGGUGACCUUAACCGGAUUCAGGACAUGGCUAACCGAACAGACAACUCCAAUCGCUGUUCGAAUGGUAAAAAGAUGAAUGAUGGAAUGAAACUCAUUAUAGCAACAUUCAUAGGAAUAGUUAUUGGUUUCUUCUUGGGUAUAUCUUUCCCUACUUUGUCACUUACAAAAAUAAAUUUCGCCUCUAGCAUUCUUCCUUCUGUUAAUAUUGCUUACGUUGAAGAUGAGACACCAGAAACAUCCAGUGAAACUCUUUUGCACACAUGGUCAUCUAGGACUCCUUCGUUACAUGGGGCUAAUGCAUCAUCACAUUGGAAGAUAUGGGUUCCAUCGAAUCCCCGAGGUGCAGAGAUGCUGACUCCUGGUAUCGUUGCACCUGAAUCAGAUUAUUUCUUACGCAGACUUUGGGGUUUGCCUGAGGAGGAUAUACCUGUGAAGCCAAAGUAUCUCAUUGCUUUCACAGUCGGUUUGAAUCAAAGAGUAAACGUUAAUGCUUGUGUCAAGAAGUUUUCAGAAGAAUUGUUCACCAUUGUUCUGUUCCAUUACGAUGGAAGAACCACUGAAUGGGACCAAUAUGAAUGGUCUAAGCGCGCAAUACACGUGAGCGUGCCAAAGCAAACCAAAUGGUGGUAUGCUAAAAGGUUUCUGCAUCCUGACAUCGUGGCACCUUAUGACUACAUAUUCAUCUGGGAUGAAGAUCUUGGUCUUGAACACUUUAAUGCAGAAGAGUACAUUAGGCUUGUCAAGAAGCACGGUCUAGAGAUAUCGCAGCCUGGUGUGGAGUCUAAGAAAAAGAUCACUUGGGAGAUAACAAAGAGGAAAACCAAAGGAGAAGUUCACAAGGACGCCAAGGAGAAACCUGGUCGAUGCAAUGAUCCUCACUUACCUCCAUGUGCAGCGUUUAUAGAGAUUAUGGCUCCAGUAUUCUCGAGAGACGCAUGGCGUUGCGUGUGGCAUAUGCUUCAGAACGACUUGGUUCACGGUUGGGGUCUUGAUUUUGCACUUCGUAAAUGCGUUGAGCCUGCACAUGAGAAGAUAGGAGUUGUUGAUUCUCAGUGGAUCAUUCAUCAGACUAUUCCUUCUUUAGGCAGCCAGGGAGAGGAACACGACGGUAAAGCAGGGUGGCAAGGGGUGAGAGACAGGUGUAAACGGGAAUGGACAAUGUUCCAAAGCAGAAUGGCGAGUUCGGAGAACAGGUAUCUCAAGGAACUUGCAGCAGCAUCUGCAAACUCUACUACUAUUCCUUAGUCGCGAAGAAACUAAACAAACAGAAAGAUGAGCGCUGGUGACUCAAAACCAAGACUGUUGUAGCCAAGGUCCAUAAAAAGGAUAUUUUUCUUUUUUACUGUUCAUAUGUUGAUUAUGACUAAGCAAAUUCAAACAUGUAAUUUUCUGAAGAUGAUUAAGCAAAAACUAUACACACAGCCACAGGACACAAUUUUUUAAAGAGAACAAUAAGAGAUUGUUGAUUGUUUUUC